AUGGGUUCCAUUCCAGUUGACCAAUACACCGACUUCAGGAGCAUCGCUGUUGCCGGGCUUCCCUUCUUUACUCCCAAACAGCGCGUGCCCGUGGGCACGGCGAUUUUGGCACCUGAUGACGACGUGACGGAGGACACAAUCACUCCGGCCUUUCGUCCCAUUACAAUCCGCAGCAAAACCUUUCAGAAUCGCAUUUGGGUAGCCCCUAUGUGCAUGUAUAGUUGUCAGGACGGCAUGUUCAGCGACUUUCAUGUUAUGCAUUAUGGGCAAUGGGCCAUGAGGGGCAGCGCCCUGAUCACAAUGGAAGCAACUGCUGUCACACAGAGGGGGCGGAACACCCCACAGGACGCAGGCCUCUGGUCUGAUGACCAUAUCCCACCUCUCAAGCGGGUGGUCGACUUGAUCCACUCUCAGUCACAAAAGGUUGCUAUCCAACUGCAACAUGCGGGGCGGAAGUGUAGCAUAUGCCCCCCAUGGCUUGGACUUCGUCUUGUCCCCGAUGCCUAUGGCGGAUUUGCCAAUGAUGUGCAGGGCCCGACUGCUGAGCCUUGGAAUGAGAACUACGCUACGCCGAGCGAGAUGACGGAGGAAGAGAUCCUUGAGACAAUUGAGGCUUAUGGUAAAGCUGCUGCCCGCGCUGUCAGGGCAGGUAUCGAUGUCAUCGCAAUCCACGGGGCCCAUGGCUACCUCAUCCACUCCUUUGCCUCUCCUGCUACCAACAAGAGGACUGAUAGAUGGGGUAGAAGCUUCGAAGGCAGAACUCGAUUUGGUAUCGAGGUCGUCAGAGCUGUUCGACGCAACAUCCCAGAAGAUAUGCCACUUUUCUGGAAGAUCUCAGCUGUAGACUGGCUCCCUGCUGGGGAGGGCUGGGAGCUGGAGGAUACUCUGCGAUAUGUGCCAAUUUUGGCCAGCGAGGGCGUCGACUUGUUUGACGUUUCCAGCGGAGGAACUGACAGACACCAGAAGGUGCAGCUGGGACAGCAGUACCAAGUCCCCUUUGCGAAAGCCGUGAAGGACCUGAAGCUACCCAACGUAUUUGCCGGCGCCGUGGGUUGGAUCCGAGACGGAGAAACAGUUCACGAUAUCCUGGGCAAUGACAAAGCAGACGUCGUCCACGUCGCCCGCGAGUUCUUGCGUGACCCAAACUUUGUUCAAAAGGUUGCGCUCUCCACUGGGACAGAGGUCACUUGGGUUGACCAGUAUCACCGCGCUCCAAGUAAGUGA